AUGGAUCUCAUCUCGGCGUACACGUUCGGAAUCAGAAACAGCACAAACUUCCUGCAGGAUAAGCCGUAUCGCGAUCACUGGCUGCACUUGUACCUCUGCAGACACCGUCACCAUUUCUGGCCGCAGGAGCUUCCCAGCCUGGCGUCUCUUUGCUCCAAGCUCGGAUUCCGCCUUUACCCCGUAUCUGUGGAUAGGGCAAAUGAGGAGCUGAGACCAGCGGAGGAUGAGGCAGUUGUCUACAAGGCUAUUCAUGCAGGUAUCGAUAGGGAGGAGAACCUGGAAGGCGAUUCUUCGGUUCUCUACUCCACGACGGUUAGACAGCGAGAUUUGUCCAUCGCUAGCGAAAUCUUGGAUCAAGUCUUGGCCGGCCACGAGACCGCGGGGAUUGUUCUGACCUAUCUGGCCUGGUGCCUGUCUCAGCGUCAGGGGCUUCAGGACCAAUUGCGAGAGGAGCUGCUCACGUUGAACAGCAAAGAGCUGGACGGUCUUCCGCUACUUCACGCCGUCGUCAUGGAGACUCUUAGGCUUCACGCUCCAAUUCCUGGACCUCAGCCUCGCAUGACACCAUAUCCUUGCUGCAAAAUUGGUGGAUACAUAAUUCCCGGGGGCGUGCGCAUCGCGGCCCUUGCCCAUACUCUGCAUCUCGACGACAAAGUUUAUCCAGAUCCAGAGCAUUGGGAUCAUAAACGAUGGCUUGAUCAAACAGAACAACGUCGAAGAGAUAUGAACCGACAGUUCUGGGCCUUUGGAAGUGGCGGCAGAAUGUGCAUUGGGUCGAAUUUUGCGACCAACGAAAUGAAGCAUAUAGUUGCUAUGAUAUAUUCCAACUUUAAAACCUCUGUUGUAAACGACGAUGGUAUGGAGCAGAUUGAUGGCUAUUCUGCGAGGCCAGCAGGAGAACAACUGUUCUUAAAAUUCACAGCUCUCUAG